GAGGAUAGAAGAGAAGGACAUUAACUGCUUCCAUACAAGGAGAGGUAGGGGGAGGAAGGAGGAGGAGGAGGGUAACAUGAGGAGAGACAAUAAGAGAGAGAAAGAAGGGAGGAGAGAAGUGUUGGAAGGAGAUAAAGGCAGCCCACGGAUGAGCGCAGGUUGAUAGGGCUGCUCCAGUUCCAGGGGAAAGUGACGGAUCUGUGAUCGUGCUGCUGCUUCACUGUCACUGCAAACUGAUCCAACACAGAUGAUGUCAUCAGAGCACCUGACCUAUGGCUGGCUGUGGAAGCUGCUCGUGAUGCUUGUGAAGUUUUGCCUCGCUUUCGCCGACCCCGUGCGACCAUUCAAUAAGACAGGCUGCACAGCCAAGACUCCUGCGUCUUACAUCCUGGUCUUUACGGGUCACUGGAGCCCACAGGCCUUUCCAAAGCAGUAUCCGCUGUUCCGACCCCCUGCGCAGUGGUCCAAACUGAUCGCGGUCAGCCAUAAUCACCAUUUUAGGCUGUGGGAGGAGGGUGCAUCAGCCAGUCCAGGGGUGCAGAGCUUUGCUGAACUUGGGGUGACGGUGGAGCUGAUGAAGGCAGCCAAGGAGGCGAGAAAAAGACGCUCCGUCGGAGCCAUGCACCGAACAGCUGGUAUUCCUAACGGCAUUGGGCACAGCUCCACAGAGAUGGUCAUGCAGCCCCGUAAUCCACUGCUGUCCCUGAUGGUGAAAAUAAUCCCCAGCCCCGACUGGUUUGUCGGUGUGGAUAGUCUGAGUCUCUGUGAGGGGAACCACUGGAAACAGGAGGUGACAUUUGAUCUCCAACCUUAUGAUGCAGGGACAGAUAGUGGAUUCACGUUCUCCUCUCCCAACUUCCCCACCAGUCCACCAGAAAACAUCACACAGAUCACAUCUCAGAUGCCAAACCACCCAGCCAACUCCUUCUACUACCCUCGACUAAAGGAGCUUCCACCUAUUGCCAGCAUUAGAAUUACCCGACAGCGUAGAUUCACUGACCGCCAGAACACUGUGUCUAACCACAUUCUGCCCAAUUCUAUCAUUCCUCAGCGCUUUUCAGAAACACCGCUAGACUGUGAAGUCUCUCUCUGGUCAUCUUGGGGUCUGUGUUUGGGUCCAUGCUCCAGAGGAGGCGUUCGCCAUCGCACACGCUACAUCCUGUUGCGGCCGGCUAACGCUGGCAGCCCCUGUCCUGAACUAGAGGAACAAGUUGAAUGUGUACCACACAACUGUAUGAAGAAACACCAGUAACCAACAGUGCUGGAGCUCAAACAAA